AUGGGGGACUGGAACUUCCUGGGUGGGAUCUUAGAGGAGGUACAUAUUCAUUCCACCAUGGUAGGCAAGAUCUGGCUGACCAUCCUGUUCAUCUUCCGCAUGCUGGUGCUUGGCGUGGCGGCCGAGGACGUGUGGAACGACGAGCAGUCCGACUUCAUAUGCAACACAGACCAGCCGGGUUGCCGGAACGUCUGCUACGACCACGCUUUCCCCAUAUCCCUCAUCAGAUACUGGGUCCUGCAGGUGAUCUUUGUUUCCUCUCCCUCGUUGGUCUAUAUGGGUCAUGCAAUCUAUCAGCUCCGGGCCCUGGAGAAGGAACGGCACUGUAAGAGGGUGGCACUGCGACGAGAGCUGGAGGCAGUGGACGUGGAGCUGGUGGAGGCUCGCCGGCGAAUUGAGCGGGAGAUUCGACAGCUGGAGCAGGGCAAACUAAACAAGGCUCCUCUGAGGGGCUCGCUGUUGCGCACCUACGUGGCCCAUAUAGUCACUCGUUCUGUGGUGGAGAUAGGUUUCAUGUUGGGACAGUAUCUUCUCUACGGACACCACCUGGAGCCGUUGUACAAGUGCGAGCGCGAACCGUGUCCCAACGUGGUGGACUGUUUCAUCUCACGCCCCACAGAGAAGAGCGUCUUUAUGGUGUUCAUGCAAGGGAUUGCUGCUGUGUCACUUUUUCUCAGUCUGCUGGAGAUCAUGCACCUGGGCUAUAAGAAGAUCAGAAAGGGCAUACUGGAUUACUACCCACACCUGAAACAGGAUCUGGAUGACUACUAUGCAAGCAAAUCCAAAAAGAACUCUAUGGUGCACCAGGUGUGCAUGGGUGCAUCGGUGGGCCGUAAGGCCACCAUGCCCACCAUACCCAGCGGCUACACGCUUCUCCUGGAGAAACAGGGCAACGGUCCUACCUACCCUCCUCUUAUUAAUGCUUCCUCUGCCUUUGUUCCAAUCCAAAGCAACCCUGUAGGGAAACCAGGUCUGGACAAUCCAAGGGGUAGCAGAGAGGUUGUGUUGUGUCCUGUUGAGCACAACAGCAAUUCCAACAACAUGAGCAGUGAGACAUACUCCCCACCUGUGGAUAAGCAUGGGGAACCGGCAGAGCAAGUUCAUUUGCCCCCUCAUUCUGAGGAGCUGGAGUCAGAAUACCCAAUCCUCCCAGUGGCUGACACUUCCUCUUGUCCAACCAUUUACCAAGGUGCGAUUAGGAAACCCCGGAGGGUCAGCGCACCUUGGAACUGUACCAACGUAAUGGAGGGAAAUGGGUCUGACCGCAGGGAAUCUUACUAUAGGUCUGUUGGCUUGGGCAUAAAACCACGCUGCAGCUUUUCAGGCGGCCGGGUCAGGGCCUUCUCAAAGCCGGAUCUGAAGAGGUUGAGUCGGCCUCACACUCCGGACUCGAUAGGGGAGAUAAGUUCUGUGUCACGGCACAGUCGCAAUGUCGACAGCCCUGCUUUGUCACCGGGCUGCAGGAUAUCAUCUGCAAGUAACACCAGCGUGCGGCGAGCCCCCACUGACCUGCAGAUCUGA